AUGUUAACCAAGACCCAAAAAUGGCACAGGGUAUUCUGCACAAAUGGCUCCCACUGGGCACCCCGAGGAGACUUUUCCAAGUCUCAGCUUCAAAAGUGGCAUGGAAGCUUUGGCGACACCAAGAUUUCGUGCUCCAAGCACACAAACCUCGCCGCCGCCGAGCUGCGCUGCACCGGUCCAUGCGGUCGUGUCCUUGCCGUCACUUGCUUCUCGAAGAACCAGCGCUCUGCCGGUGGAAGCCAGGAGUGUCUUGACUGCGUUGCCUGGGGACUCAGUCAAGAGCCCGGUCACACUGUCCUCGCCACCGUAGACGUCCAACAGACCCAGGAAGAGGCCUGCCGAGACCUUGUCUCUCGAGAGGCCCCUAAAAACAGGGCGCUUCAGAUCGACGAUGGCAACCAGAAAGCGUUGACUUUUGAGAACAUGAGCUCCACUGCCUCAAUGACCAGCGAGACAAGCUUUUCUACUGCUACUUCGUCCCGUGUUUCCUCCAACAGCCAGGGACCCUGGGCCCGCCCCGCUCAACGCAAGACGGACUGGAUGGUCCCUACUUACCUUCAGGAGGUCCGAGAUGGUCGCGGCCCGGCCCGGCCUCCACCUCUGAUCCCCGAGGAGGCCUAUGACAGUGACGGUUCUGUUGACUAUUGCUGA